UCACUUAUCUCUAGCACAUACCACUCCGUAGAGCUGCCGUGAAGAUUAACUGUAUCAAGCACAAUAUAUUGCAUUGUAGUAUACAAAGGCGUUAUAUUUUAUUAAUAACCACAACAAAAGUGAAAUCGAAAAUCAAAUCACAUCAUCCGAAAUCUAAACAACAAAGAUGUCAGCCCUCUCGACUCGUCUUCUUCGAGCAACGCAUAGGAAAUGGCCUUUUUUACCCAUAACUACGAAUUAUCGUCGGUAUUCAGUAGACCAAAGUAAAGGGAAACCAGUGAGGAUCGGGUGUGCCAGCGGAUUCUGGGGUGACACUCCUACGGCAGCUCCUCAACUGAUUCACAAUGGCAACCUGGACUUCCUCAUGUUUGACUACCUUUCUGAAAUCACCAUGUCCCUCCUUACGGCUGCAAGAGCCAAGAAGCCAGAGCUGGGGUUUGCACCUGACUUUGUUCUCUAUGCCAUUGGACCAUACCUGAAUGACAUCAAACGGAAGGGUAUCAGAGUCCUGAGCAAUGCUGGUGGAAUCAACCCAGAGGGCUGUGCUGAGGCACUGAGGCAGGCUGCUAGCAAGGCUGGUGUUGAUCUGAAGGUUGCUGUUGUUACGGGUGAUGAUUUAAUGCCAGUAAAGAAACAAUUGAUAGCAGCCGGAAUGCCCGACAUGAAAAGUGGUCUUCCUCUACCAAAAACUGUCCACAGCAUGAAUGCAUAUUUAGGAGCUGGUCCUAUAGCUAAAGCUUUAGAUGGAGGUGCAGAUAUUGUUGUUACAGGACGGUGUGCAGACAGCUCUUUGGCUCUUGCGCCUCUCAUGCACAGUUUUGGGUGGCAGUCAAAUGAUUAUGACCGGCUUGCAAGUGGCAGCCUGGCAGGUCACUUGAUUGAAUGUGGUGCACAGGCAACUGGUGGUGUUUAUACUGACUGGGAGGCUGUCCCUGACUGGCAUAAUAUAGGCUUCCCCAUAGCAGAAGUGGCAGGCAAUGGAGACUUCAUGAUCACAAAGCCCCCCAACACGGGAGGUAUUGUCAAUCAAAUGACUGUUGCUGAGCAGAUGCUGUACGAGAUUGGGGACCCACGGGCCUAUAUUCUCCCGGAUGUUGCUUGUGACUUUACUGGGGUCCAGCUAGAGGAGACCAACUGUGGGGUUGUUGUGAGAGGGGCUAAAGGGAGGAAGCCCACUGACUCAUACAAGGUGAGUGCAACAUAUCUUGAUGGCUACAAGGCCACUGCUGUCAGCUGUAUCGGAGGACCUAGAAGCCGUGACAAGGGCAGGAAAACAGCUGAGGCAAUUGUGCAAAGGUGCCGCAACAUAUUCAAAAUGCUCAAGCUCCCUGACUUCACCAGAGUCCACAUCCAGAUAUUGGGUGCAGAAGAUACCUAUGGACCUCAUGCAAGCACUGGAGAAGGUCCUCGUGAGGGUGUCAUCUGGAUCUCUGUCCAUCAUGAACAAAAGAAGGCUGUCGAAUUGUUUGCCCGUGAAAUAGCAGCAGCUGGAACCGGUAUGGCCCCUGGACUCACAAACAUUGUUGGAGGUCGGCCUAGGGCAUCGCCUCUACUGCGGCUGCAUUCCUUCCUCAUUCCAAAAGAUCAGUGCAAGGUGAGUAUCCAUGCUGAUGGGAAAGAGGAAAUCUACAGUGAGACUGCAGACACAGUUCCAGCCAGCACCUAUGACUUUCCAGAUCAGCCAGUAUCUGAAGUCUCAGAUUUGAUUAAAGGAUCAAAAUGCUAUCGGCUGGAGUCCCUGGCUCUGACCCGCAGUGGUGACAAAGCAGACUCCUGCAAUAUUGGUGUCAUUGCAAGGCAUCCUUCACUCUAUCCUUAUCUGAAAGAGGCUCUUACAUCAGAAGCAGUCGCAGAAUACUUUAGACAUGUUUUCCCAGAUGAUGUCAACCCCGUGGAUUGUGUGAAAAGGUAUGAAGUUGACGGCAUCUGUGGCCUCAACUUUGUCCUCGAGCAGUCACUUGGUGGAGGAGGAGUGGCAUCCCUACGCUCUGAUCCUCAGGGAAAAGCUUACGGCCAGAUGCUCCUUGACUUCGUCAUAAAGGAUAUGCCAGAUAUCUGCUCUGUGAAGCACUAGUGAGAGAGAUUCAGAUUGUUAGAAAAUGUCAAAUCUGGAUUGAAAAAGAUGGCUUUUUUUGGAAAGUUCUCUCUCUCUCUCUCUCUCUCUUUCUCUCUUAGCUUUCUUUGCUAAUGCAGAAUUUUUCCUCUCUCUUUGGUUUGGAUAUUUGUACACCUUGAGCUUAGUGAAAGGUUGGUUGUGUACUUGAAGAAAAAAUGAUUGUUAACAAAUUAGUAUAUUUUAUAUAAAGAAAAAGUACAGCUAUAAAUUAUAUAUUUUUAAUAUAAAUGAAUGUAAUGUUGAUUCUAGGGAAGUCAUGAUUGCCUAGAUAUUAGAUAUUGUGCAUUAUUUGAAAGUACUACAUUUUGAGUAUUGAUAGCUUGUUUUAAUGCCUUUUUUGAUAGCAGGUUAGAUGCAAAAAUCAGCAGUAAUUAAUGUAAACAAAAGGAAAGGGUAACUCAAAAAUGCAAUUCAUAAAAAAAAAAGUUAUGUAAAAUACUUAGUAAAAAAUUUAAAAUACUCAAUUAUAUAGUAAAAAUGUUUAAAUGCUCAAUUUUAUAGACAAUGUACAAAAAUUAUGGUGCUUCAUGUAAAUUGAGUUGAUAUUUCACGUUGAUUAUUUGAAAAUGCAUUCACUGAUAUGUAACAGGUAUGUAAUGGACCAGAGCUUGAUUAUGCCAGCGACUUAAGUUUGAUAUAUGCACAAAUCUUGUCUUUCAUGUAAUACAAUGGUCAGACAAAAUACUUAUAUUUAUAUAAAGCUUGGUAAAUAAAUGUAUAUUUUGUAUAUGACAAGAUUUUAGUACUUUAUGAUACUCAUUAUUUCAGUGACUUGGACAUGUAUAUAUUAAAUAAUGAAAAUUGUGA